AGUGUAUUAGCGCAGAACAAAGAUUAACCACAUGGUCGUAACGUAACGAUUUCUCUCUACAUCAAAGUCUUAUCAAGAUUUGAGAUAUAGUUCUUUAUUACCUCAACCCAUUCCUUAUUAUUUAUCUUUAUUCAUACUAAGGAGGUUUUUCUUAUUCUUUGCAUCUAAAGGUUAUAAUGAUAAUCGAAAAAAAUCAAAACAAAAAAAGAAGAACAAAUUAUCGCCUUAACCUAUAAAUGGUUUAAAUAAAAAUGGCAUAAACCGUUUAUUAUUGUUAGUAUUUGGGUCAAUUGUUUUCUUAUAAUUUCAAAAAUAUGAAUCAUGUUUGGUUAUAAAUUACGCGUUUUGAGCUGUUUAAAGAAAAAAAAUUUCAGUUUCAUAUAUUAUAAAUUUACGAGAAAUUACAAUGAUAUAGCAGUUGAUCAAAUUCCGGAAGUGUCAAAAACUAUAAUAAAGAAAGCUUUGAAACAAAACAAUUUAAGUUUUGAAGAAGGUUUCACAUGUUUUCUUACAACCUGUUCAUUUUGUUCUAAAACCAGUAAAAAUGCAAAACUAUACAUCAAUAAAACUACAGGACUCUUUAUGUGUAGUGGUUGUAAAAAGACAGGUUCUUGGACUGUACUGGAAACGUAUUUUAAUAUAAAGAAAAGUAAGAAAGUAAAACUGAGAAGUGAAGCUACAGAUGAGGAAUCAAAUUAUGAUAAAAUAGAAAAAACUUUAAAAGAAAUUCAAAAUUCAACCGUCGAGUUGAAAUAUUUAAAUCAAAAUGAUUUGCAAAGUAUCUUGAAAAAAUUUAAGUUACCUGAAAUUAUUUCUAAUCAUACUUUCGAAUCACUUGAUAUAAGGAUAAAUGAAAAGCAAACAUCUUUGUUUUUUCCACUUGAAAAUGUAGAAUCUGAAAUAGUUGGCUACAGAAAAAUUCAUAGUAGAUCUACUGAAGAUAUCGUGUUACCAAAUUUAUUGUGUGGAGGAAUUUUAACAGCCAGAAAUACAAAGAGUAAAGAUACUGCUGUUUUAAUUCCCAGUAUAUCUGACUUCCUAAUCCUAGCAAAUUCCAAAUUAAAUGUGAAUAUUGUUUGUUUGCCAAAUAGUGUGAAUAAUUUACCAUUGUAUGUAUUACCAAGUUUAGAGAGGUUCAAGAAACUUGUUUUGUGGUUUGGAUGUGAUAAUAAAUCUUGGACAGCAGCAAGAAAUUUUGCAAAGAAGUUAGGAGAAAAAAGAUGUCAUCUUGUUAGACCUACAGAUAAACAACUAUUACCUCAUUUAGAUAUGUCUCAAGAUUUCAAAUCAAUAAUUUCAGCAGCCCAACCAGUGUGGCACAAAUCGGUCACAACUUUUUCUAGUUUAAGGGCAGAUGUAUUAUCGGAUUUACAAAAUGUUGAUAAGGUCCAAGGAGUAAAAUGGAAACGAUAUCCAACAUUGAAUAAAAUUUUAAAAGGACACAGAACUGGAGAAUUAACAAUUUUUACUGGACCAACUGGCUGUGGUAAAACUACUUUCAUAAGUGAUUAUUCCUUAGAUCUUUCAAUUCAAGGGGUGAAUACGUUAUGGGGGAGUUUUGAAAUAAGAAAUGCUAGAUUAGCAAAAACUAUGCUGCAACAAUUAGCAGGUAUUCCUCUCGAUGAGAAUUUGCAUUUAUUUGACCAUUGGGCGGAUCAACUAGAAAAGUUACCAAUAUAUUUUAUGACUUUUCACGGACAGCAAAGUAUUAAAGUUGUUAUGGAGGCGAUUGAACACGCAACUUACGUCCACGACAUAGCACACGUUAUAAUUGACAAUUUGCAAUUUAUGAUGGGCACAGGAGAAGAACAGAAACAUAUGGAUCGAUUUUGGAAGCAAGACGUGAUUAUAGCUUGUUUUCGCGAAUUUGCUACUAGAAAAAACUGCCACGUAACAUUGGUAAUUCAUCCGAGAAAAGAACGAGAUGCCGAAGAUUUGACGUCGAAUUCUAUUUUCGGAGGCGCUAAAGCAUCUCAAGAAGCCGAUAAUAUCCUUAUUAUUCAAGAUAAAAGAUUGAGCGCCGUUAGAGGAAAAAAAUAUUUACAGGUUGUGAAAAAUAGGUACAGUGGAGACUUGGGUAUAAUGCCUUUGGAUUUCGAUAAGGCAAGUUUAAGCUUCCAACAGAAAAGAAAAGAAAAAAAAACCGAAAUAAUGGAUCCAUUACCUCAAAAAGAUAAUAUUGUCACACCACCGAUAUAAAAAAUUUAUAUUUUGUACAAUUACAUUAAGUAUAAAUGAAUAUUUCACAUUUUUUAAAAAAUUUUUUAUGAUAAUUAUACAUAUUUGAUACAAAAAAGUUUUAUUCCAUUUUACUUGGCGUUAUGUUGAAAAAUGUUGCAUCAUCCUCUUGUGCUCUUCAAUAACUCCGUUAUUGAGUUGUCGAAGCAUUUUUGGAACCCUUACAAACGAUUCUGCACACAUAGCUGUUAUAAUCAAAACAUUUUGAUAGUCCUUUAAACCUCCAUAUCGUCUCUUACAAAA